AGCUGCAGUUCUUCGUACGCUUCCGCCGCCACGACAAGAGUUCACGACAGGACGCACCUCCCUCUCUUCACGGCAUAGCAUGGCCGCGGUGGCAUCGCCGACACUGACGUCGACGUCGCACACGCUCACAGCACUGCCGCCGGGCAUGGCGCCCGCCACGACAAACUCGACGCCGAAUGGCGAGACGCACCUGCUGCUGGAGGCGCUGCGACCGGCGAACCGGCAUGGAUUCCUGCAGCCGCAGCCGGCGAUACCGGCCGAGUCGCUGAGGCUGGUCAAGGACACGCUCGAGGGCUUCGCGGCGCAGGUCGGCGAGGAGCAGGAGCGGCGACUCAAGGAGAGCAGGAAGCGCAAGCGGGCUGGCGGCGACAAGGGCCGCGACGAAAUCGACGUCCUGAAGCUGCGCAAGGUGUACGUGGACGGAUUCGAGACGGGUCAGGUGUGGCAGCAGGCCAAGAAGAUUAUUGGCGGCGUGUUGGACUUUUCCGAGGGCGUGCUGGACGAGCUGGAGGAGGCCAACGAGAUUGCCGUUGACGCUCAAGGCGAAGGUGAAGCCGAGCCCAAGAGCAUUACGUUCGGAGAGGAUGGGUUCGAGGUCGACUCUGGCGAGGACGAAGAUGAAGAGGAGUCGGGCUCACAACUCGAAGAAGACGAUGAGGAUGAGGAGGAAUCGGGCGACGAGGAGGAUCUCGAGGCGCUCGAGGGUGAAUUGGAAGACGAGGACGACCAGGACGCACCAGAGGACCUGGAAGACGACGGAGAGGACGAUGAGGAUGAGAAAGAAUACGUCCAAGACCCCCACGGCCUCAACGACGGCUUCUUUUCCAUUGACGACUUCAACAAGCAAACACAAUGGUUCGAAGACCAAGACACUCGCGGCGAUCCCACCACGGAUCAAGCCAGCGAUGAUGAAGCGAUCAAUUGGGAGGCAGACCCGCUGGCGCCGUCCAAAGGUGAUACAAAGUCAUCAAAACGAAAAUCAGCUGACGAUGAGGCCGGCGACGAUGAUGACGAUGAUGACGACGAGGAUGGCCCAACCUUUGGUGACAUGUCUCUUGAUGCGCCCGAAGGCGAGAGCGACGAGGAGGGCGUGGAUGAGGACCUCGAGGACGAAUCCGGAGACAUGAACGCAAAUGAGGUCUACUACAAGGAUUUCUUCGCGCCGCCGCCUAGGAAGAGCAGAGGUGACAGGCCCAGAAAGUCGGUCAAGUUCGACGCACCCGCACAGGCGCCAGCCGAGGAGGACGUCGAGCGAGCCAUGGCCGACGUCCGCCGCGACCUCUUCGACGACGAGUCCGACGUGGAGGGCUCAGAAGACGACCUCUCCGAGGUGGACGCAGGCGACCCCAAGUCGCGCCGGUCGGCGCUCGAGCGGCGGCAGGCCAAGCUCGCCGAGGAGAUCCGCAAGCUCGAGGCGGCUUCGGUGGCCAAGCGCGAGUGGGCGCUCUCGGGCGAGGCGCAGGCCGCGGACCGGCCGAUGAACUCGCUUCUCGAGGAGGACCUCGACUUCGAACACGUGGGCAAGCCCGUGCCCGUCAUCACGCCCGAGGUCAGCGAGGGCAUCGAGGAGCUCAUCAAGCGCCGCAUUCUGGCACAAGAGUUCGACGAGGUGCUUCGGCGGCGGCCCGACGCCGAGUCGGUGCCGCAGGGCACUCGCCGCGGCGCGCUGGCCGAGAUUGACGAUUCGCGGCCGGAAAAGGGCCUGGCCGAGGUGUACGAAGAGGAGCACAUCAAAAAGACCGACCCGGAUGCGUACGUGUCCAAGUCGGACGAGAAGCUCCAACGCGAGGAGAAGGAGAUCGAGGCCAUGUGGCGCGACGUCUCGUCGCGCCUCGACGCCCUCUCCAGCUGGCACUACAGGCCCAAGCCCGCGGCCCCUGCUAUCAGCGUCGUCGCCGACGUCGCCACCAUCGCCAUGGAGGACGCCCAGCCCGCCACCGCGCAGGCUGUCGCCGGCGAGAGCAGCCGCAUGGCGCCGCAGGAGGUGUACAAACCCGGCGCCGCGGCCGCCAACGGGGACAAGGGUGCCACGCCGAGGGACGAGGUCGUCACCAAGGGCGGCAUGCCCCUCGCCCGCGCCGAGAUGUCGCGCGAGGAUCGCACCCGUCGCCGCCGUCGCCACAAGGAGCGCGUGCGCAAGGCCGGUGGCGGCGCGUCUGCACCCGCGUCUGCUACCCCCGGCGCCGCCGCCGGCAGGGGAGGUGGGGCCAAGGGCACCGCGACGCGCGCCCAGUCGCAGCGCGAGACAGUCGCGGAGCUCAAGAGGGGCGGCGUCAAGGUCAUCAACCGCAAGGGCGAAAUCACCGACGUGGACGGCAACAAGGCAAAGGCCGCAAAGGCCGCGUCGAGCGGGAGCUACAAGCUGUAAGAGGGCGGAGGUGGAGCAGCCAACGAGUGAGGCGAGGAGGGAACGACGACGAGGAGCAGGAAGAGGAGGAGGAGGGCGCGACGAGCGGUGGCAGAAAAGGCAAGGAGCAUGGAUACGGCAUGCAUGCAUUGUAUCUGGCGUUGGGGGAGCUGUCUGGCUGUCAGUUUGGCUGGCUGGUUUUAUGUUGUUGUCGUCGCACUUGUCGCAUGCAUAUACUUCAGAUUACUUACUACAAAACACACAUUUACUCGAUCCGUAAAUGAGUGCGCAUAAAACUAGGUAGGUAUACAAG